GACCAUGGAGCCGGUGUCGCUGCACAGCUUCGUUUGCACCCUGGACCUCGCCUCCCUCCCGCGUGUGCUGCGGGUCUGCUCGGGGGUGUACUUCCAGGGCUCCAUCUACGAGAUCUCUGGGAACGAGUGCUGCCUCUCCACGGGGGACCUGAUCAAGGUCACCCAGGUUCGCCUCCAGAAGGUGGUCUGCGAGAACCCAGGAACCGGCCAGACCAUGGAAAUCACCCCUGACUUCCACGGCUACUUCAGCCCCCUCACUGGCUGUCAGAGCUAUGGGACCCUGGAGGAGCUGCUCUCUGCUGCAACCCAGUGCUCCAAGACGCUGCCCAUUUGCUUCAUGUCGACCCACAGAAUCACCACAGAGGCCAGAGUGGUGCCUGAGGACCAGCCCCUUAAACUCGAGGCUGUGGAGACACACCAUGGGACCUAUUGUGCCCGCUGUGUACUAGACACUGAAACACAUCCGUUCAUUCUGCACCUGCCUCUGUCUCAGAAGGGGCCCUUCUGGGAGUGGAAGCCCGGUGCCCCUCGGCCCCUGCUCAAGGCCCUGCAGGACCCAGCACUGAGCAACCUCCUCUUCACCUGCCCAACCCUCCCCUGGCGUACCCUGAUCUUGAGGCCCCAGUAUGAGGUCCAAGCCAUCAUGCACAUGCGCAGGACCAUUGUCAAGAUCCCCUCCAGCCUGGAGGUCGACGUGGAAGAUGUCACUAGUUCCUCUCAACACAUUCAUUUCAUCCAACCACUGCUGCUGAGUGAGGCCCUGGCCCGGGGAGGCCCCUUUCCUCUGUGCAUGGAGAUCCUGGAAAUUCCGGAGGGGCCCUCCAUCUUCCUCAGCCCAUGGGCAGGCUCCUUGCAGAAAGGCCAGAAGCUCUGUAUCCAUGGCCUGGCCUCACCACCUUGGCGGGUCCUGGUUUCAACCAAGGGCCGGAAGAUACCCAGACACUUCAUGGUCUCUGGGGCUUAUCAGGGCAAGCUGCGGCGGCGACCCAGAGAGUUCCCCACAGCCUAUGAUCUCCUGGGUGCUCUCCAGCCAGGCCAGCCACUCCGGGUAGUGGCCACAAAGGACUGUGAGGGCGAAGGGGUGGAGAGCCCUGGGUUCACUUCCCUGGCUGUGGGCGACAGGCUGGAGGUGUUGAGAUCUGGCCAGGCCCACGGGGCUGAAGGCAGGGACAUAGAUGUCUUGGUGUGUCAGCGGCUGAGUGACAAGGCUGAAGAGGAGGAGGAGGAAGAGAAUGAAGAUGUAGAAGAAGAUGACCAGAUUCUGCUGCCCCUUUACUUCUCUGGUAGUUUUGUGGAAGAGAUGAGUGAUAGUCGGCGCUAUAGUCUGGAAGAUCUGACUGCCCAUUUUUCAUUGCCCUGUGAAGUCAAGGUGGUGGCCAAGGACAGCAGCCAUCCUGCUGACCCUCUGCCCUCCUUCCCAGGCCUGCGGCUGGAGGAGAAAAUCAUGGAACCUUUCUUGGUGGUCAGCCUCAAUUCCAACCCUGAGAUGUGCUUUGAGAUCCCUCCCCGGUGGCUGGACCUGACUGUCGUGGAGGCCGAGGGGCAGCCAGGCCAGCCGGCUGGGCCUCUCCCUGUAGCCACGGUGGAGGAGCUGACAGAUGCCUUCUACUACAGCCUUCGGAGGUUACCGGCUUUCAAGAACCAACCCCCCCCACCCAGGCCCCCCAAAAGUCAGGGUCUCAGUGGGCAGAAGAAACAAAGCAACAAGGAGAAAAGCGGCCAGUCUUCUGAACUCUUAGAACUGCAGCAAGCCCCUCUACUCAAGCACAAGAUGCAGACGCUGCCACGGAAUGCCAAGGACAGCUCAAAUACAUACAGCAAGGUCUCAGGCCACAGGAAGGACCGCAGGCACACUAAGUCCAUCACAGAAGAUGGAGAUAAUGAUGACCAUGAUUAUGAAGAAAUACUUGAGCAAUUUCGGAACACCCUUUAAAUGCUGGAGGAACCGUGCUUCUUACCUGCUGUUUCUCAGAGAAUCUGAGAUACCAGCCAACGUUACAAAGCCUUUACAAGACCUUUGGACAUGAUCUCACUGAAAUCAGACUGUGGACAGGAAAUGGCUUCGUGCGGACCAAUCUGAAAAGGGAUGGACACACCAGCUCUCCUGAGGUUCUAGGUUCCUGCCACGGAACUAGCACGGGCUAGCUUGUUUGGGGCCAGCACCUUGUGCUUGACUCCUCAGCCUCAGAGCUCUGGUAUCCAAAGGAGCCAAGGAGAUUCUACUCAAUCCUGAGUCCCCAACACCAGCUGUCUCACUGGUUGGUGCAGAAAGGAAUCAGAGACCACCAACCUUGAUGGUGGCGGCACAGUGUUGCUUGACUCUCAGUAAAAAGGGCUCAAUGCUAAACAUAACGCACUGAGAGCCUUUUCUUAUGUUUGCCACUCCCUCGCCACCCCCCCCGCCCCAAACUCUAACCCCUGAGAGAACAGGGGCUGUGUUAUCUGUGCAGAAUGCAGCACAUAAUAGUUGCAUGUGACUAUCCAAGAAUUUUUUCACUCUAAAACCAUAGAAUAAAAAUGAUAUCUAGAAAAAUAGGAACAGAAACCAUUUAGUAAGGUCUGUGUGCUAGACCCUUUAUAAGCAUUAUCUAAAUCCUCGACUCUCUAGAUAGACAAUGGCCUGAUUUUAAAGAUCAGAAAACAAGCUUAAGUGGUCAGGUGUUUCAGGAGGCAGACUAGUCAUGAGCCUGGGUUAGCAUCCCUGCACCACCUCUCAGCUAGGACUAUGAACAAGUUAUUUUAACCUAAGCUUCAGUUCCUUCACAUGUAAAAUGAAAUAGUUAUCUACCUCACAAAAUUGUUUUGAAGAUCAAAUGAGAUAACCCUGGUAUUUAGUGCAGUGCCUGGAACGAAUAAACAAUAAGAAUCUUAGUAUCAUUACUGUUGACCUAGAUCACGUAGGUAUACCUGUGUAUGGACUGGUUGGAAAGCCUCAUCACCUCACAUAACAGAGAUAAAUCUGUGUCUAUGCAGAGACUAGCUCAGCUUCUAAGGUCAGUCCAGGCCUGUUCCGUGAGGUAAGACCACAGGAAUCACCCCCUGGAAGUGGUAGGGUUUUGGUUCCUAGAUUGAGGCAGUCACAGAACUAAGCACUGUGGUCAGUAGAGGUCAGAUGAACAAAAAUGUGCCUAGAGUCUCCAGCUGUGGUGGGAGCGGAGUGUCCAUCUGCAGCUCCCAGAUUCUGGGGAGCACACCUGAGCCUCUCCUUCCUCUGUUUGCUAAUACGCCUCUGGGCUGUCCAGACCCAUGGCACUUCUAGGCCUCCUGGCUUUCAGAACUGUGCAUGGAUUUCUCCAGGUGACUACCAAGCAGCUAAUCCAAACUGCUGGGUCAGUUCCCAUGCCUUCCUCCAGGGAGACAGUCUAAACUGAAUGGAAGGACUGAGGAAAAGUGUAUUUUGGGACAAACAAUAAACAAGGAAAGUAUGGAAAAAAGUUCCUCCUUGGCAUGGGAUCCCUAGGGCCAAGACAAUAUGCAAAAUGCCAAUAAUUUUCACUUUCAGUCUGCAUUUAAUUGUGGCAUCAAACUGAGCAAGCUCACAAAAGGGGGACAGAGAGGGCUACCAGCUACUACAGAAGGGGAUUUCUAGUGGCCAAAUGCUGCAAGAAGAAAGCAAGCCAAUUUCAUAGCUAGGACAACUAGGCUUAAAAGGAAAACAUGUCGGCAGCCCAGGUGGCUCAGCGGUUUGACGCCUGCCUUCAGCCCGGGGUGUGAUCCCUGAGACCUGGGAUCGAGUCCCAUGUCGGGCUCCCUGCAUGGAGCCUGUUUCUUCCUUUGCCUGUGUCUCUGCCUCUCUCUCUCUCUCUCUUUCAUGAAUAGACAAAUAAAAUCUUAAAAAAAUAAAAGGAAAACAUGUUUGAAAACCACAACUGUAAAUGUUU